GUUCGCACGUGUCCCUUACGAAGCGUAAGCUAGAAGCAGAGGAAUACAAACGUAGGAGAGACGUGACGCGUAUAGACAGGCUCUUGUAUAAGGCUCGCAUACCAGCACGUAACAACUGUACAUAAAAGUACAUCGUGAAUCUACAUCGGGGACAAGGAUGGACCAGCUCUUCGGCAGCCUGAAGGCGGUAUUUAAGACAGACUUUACCGUCAUCGAUAACCACAUCUUUCGUCUCCACUACAGGGUUACGGUAUGUAUACUUGUUGCAUUCAGCAUCGUUGUGACGGCCAGACAGUAUAUCGGUGAUCCCAUAGAUUGCUACAGCUUCUCAGACGUACCGAAGAAUGUGUUGGAUACUUUCUGCUGGAUUCAUACUACGUUCUCCUUACCGCACGCUUGGAAAAAACGCGUUGGAAGCCACGUUCCUUAUCCCGGUGUGGACACUUACGUUCCUGGGCAAAAGCGUGUGUACCACGCAUAUUACCAGUGGGUUUGUUUCGUACUCUUCCUGCAAGCUCUUCUUUUUUACACACCGCACUAUUUCUGGAAGGCUGUAGAAGGCGGCCGAAUCAAGACGCUCCUCUUGGACCUCGACAAACCCGUCAUGGCUCCGGCAGAGAGGGAAAAAAGACGCGGCCUUCUGGUCGGAUACCUCAUCGCUAACGUCGCCAGCCACAACACAUUGUUCUUCAGCUAUGCUCUGGCGGAGAUUUUGAACUUGGCCAACGUAAUUGGCCAGAUGUUUCUCAUUGAUCGCCUGCUCGGUGGAGAGUUCUUGACAUACGGUGUACAAGUUCUACAGUUCACGGAGUGGGACUCAGGUGUUCGCUUCGAUCCCAUGGUCAAGAUUUUCCCCAGGAUGACAAAGUGUACGUUCUACGACUUCGGGACGACGGGUGAUGUGCAAAAGUUCGAUGCCCUCUGUAUCCUACCCAUUAACGUCAUCAACGAGAAGAUAUAUAUCUUCCUUUGGUUCUGGUUCGUCUUUUUGGCUGUACUGUCGACUAUGGCGCUCCUGUACCGAGCAAUCAUUCUGUUAUUUCCGGUGGCUCGGUACCUGGUAAUGCGGUGUCGAAACGUGCAGGCUGACAAAGAUUACGUCGCGAAUAUAUGCAAGGCUACUGCAUUGGGAGAUUGGUUCGUCCUGGAUAUCCUCUGCAAGAACAUGGAUUCGGCCAAUUUCCGUGAACUAGUGGACGACUACUAUGUCGGUUCAGUGCACGGCAGAAUGCUUGGUGAAUUUAACGUUCCAGGACGAGUUUGGUGACUGGUUUUCAUGUAAAUAUACUGUAAGCUGUCUCAUCUACAUUGGAAGCGGUUAAGAAACGCUUUAAAGGUGGUGUCAGCGAGGAAUCCGUAAUUGUAAAAUGAAUGUGGUGUCUACUUCGACAUGUCCUCCAAGAAGAAAAUACAAAAAUUAUAGCAAAGCUCAUUUGUGUUUUUCAUAAAACAUUCCAAAAUAUUGAUUCCGAAGCCAAAUGCCAGCUUCCGGUUGAAGCGGGCCUUUCCUGCUUCGCCGUCGCGUGUCUUCCGGGGAUGUACGUAUUUUCACGCGUAUUAGCCGCGGCUUAUGCGAGAUUUUUUGUUUUCGCGGACGCUCUGCGGCUUAUGCGCGGGUGCGGCUUAUCUGAUGACUAUCUUUCCCUGGUAUUUUUCCAAUACCCUGGAUGAAACGAAAGGGCAGACAGUGCGUCAUGUUUUUCGGAACAGGACCGCCCUGCCAUUGCACGAACAAUACCGAACAGGGACGAGUCCAUAUUCGAGUGGUCUGACCUUCCGGAUAUAUUCCCCCACGCAGCUUUAACAAAAGGGGUUACAGUGAAUCAUGUCUUCUGGAACAUGUCUUAGUGAGCCGCUCUGUAAUAUUUCUGAUGCUAGCCUUUUUUCUGUCGAAUAAAUGAUACCUGUUUUCA